UCUAUUUUACAUAGGCGAAGGUCACUUUCGCUAUUUAAUACAAUAAUGCACACACAAAGUCUAGUCCUGUCGGAAAUAACCUGAGUAAAAAUAAAAUAUCGGCAGAGAUUCGUCGAAGUCCGCUGGUCAGCGUUGGCGGGUAAUAUUGAACACAUGUACUUGCGAUAGCACGACGGUGGCUGUGGCAUCUACGUAGCUGACGGUGAAACUAUUUUGGGAAACGUCUGCCUUACAGUAUACGCGUGCUAAUCCAACAGUCAACAGUUCUUUGUCUUAUUAAAACGUAUUACUCGUUACCUAUUUUAAAAUCGCGCACCCUGAUCUGAAUUCAACCGGAUGAAAGUGCGUCUUGUUUAUAAAAGUAUUCCAAAAUGGGAAAUGUACUCAGUAGUGCUUCGGCAAGGGAACGUGCAACUAAAGGCGUUCUAAGUGACAAAUCAACAAUGGACAUUGCAUGUGAUAUUAACAAAACAGAAAAAAAUGAAGAAGUUGAAGAAUUCUAUGAUACUUUUGAUGAUAAUCAAUUAAUUGAUGAUAAGGAAGCUCGCGCAAAAGCUAAAGAAGAAGAAAUGAUUGCAUUCCACAAACAACUUGAUAUAAAGAGGGAAAUAAGAAAACAAAUUCUAACUCGACACAGAACUGAGAAAGAAGAAUUAGAAAAAAGUUUAGAAAAAGAAAGAAAAUCUAAACUACAGUUAUAUGAGAGCAAUAAACAACUGCGUGAAAUAUUGAGUAAAAAUAGUAUUGAAAUUCCUGAAGAACUUCAAGACAUUCAAGAAAAUUCUGAAUUAACAAACACAAUACUCCAAAUGAAGGAUGAAUUUGAAAAAUUGAAGUCCAAUAAUAAUAAUUUAAGAAAAAAUUUAGCCGAAUCCAACAAUGCACUGCAAUCUGCUUUUUCGGAUAUUGCGGAUUUAAAUGCACAAAACACAGAAUCAAUUAAACAUAUUAAUGCGUUAAAAGAAGUGGUAACAGUGAGCAAAACAAUGAUAAAUCUUCGUGAACAACAGUUAAAUGAGUUAAAAUCUAAGCUAAAUGAAAUAGAACGAUCACUAGCCGAUAGAGAGACAAAUAUGUUAUCCACCGAUCUGAGACAAGAAUAUGAACGCCAAUUGCAAAAUAUUCGAACUUUACGCAGCUUAUAUGAAGAGCGUGCUCGAUUAUCCGAAGUUACAAGACUGGGCUUAGUUCGCGAACUUGAAGAGCAGAAAUUACUUCAUCAAGCUGAAGUCAAUAAGUGUAAAAAUCUUUCUGAUAAAGUGGAAGAACUAGAAGCAACAGUAGAUACGUUGCAUGAAAAAAUCGACAACAAAAACACUCAAUUGUCCACUUUUCAAGAUGAAACACGUGGACUAAAGUCUGAAAUGUCUGUAGUUAAUAAAUUAUUUUCCCAAGUACUACUUGGGUAUAAAACAAAAUAUGAUUUGGACAAAUUAGUUCAUCGUCUGGAAGAAAAUCAUGGAAUAUUAACUCACAUGGCCGAAAAAGAAAAUGGAUCAGAAGCAUCUACAGCUUUACCUAAACUUCUUCUGGAACUUAUAAGUCAAGUAGAUGACGGUGAAGAAAGCAUAAUCAAUGAAGAAUUAGAAACCGAUAAAUCAACAGAUAUAUCUACCGAAUCAACAGAUAUAUCUACCGAAGUUACAGAGUGUUUAAAUGCAUCGAAUACAACACCGGAGGAAAUUGUUCAAAAUCUUCCAAAAGUAUGGAGAGUGUUAAUGGAGCUCUUGAGUCACCAAAACGUUACUGAUGCAAACCUGCCAGAAAAGGUCACGACAUGCUAUAAAUCGGUAGAAACCAAAUCGGGGCCUGUACUAGUGCCAAGUGUUAGCCAAACUUAUAUUAGAUUAAAAGAUUUAAUUGUUGAAAAGCUUGGACUCAUCAAAGAAGUUAACAGAAUGAAACAACUUAAUGGUCAUUUAGAAACCCGUCUAGAAGAACAAGAACGUAGACUUUGCCUUGUCACUGCUGAACUGAGUAAAACUUGGCAUGUUGUUGGAAGACUACGCCGACACCAUCAUCAAUUGCAUACACAUGAGAAAAUAUUGAAAUACGAAUUACAACAAAAAAGAAAACUCCUAAAUGAACUAAAAGAAGAGCUAGAAUAUUGUCGAGAAAAAUGGAUUCAGGCUCGUGAAAAAAAUUCUCAAUCAGAAAGAGACUGGAGAACAUUAAGAGCAGAGUUUUCUAGUAGAAAAACGAAAUCUGGAUCGCCUUCACUUAACAACUCUGCCGAAAGUGGUUAUAGCGAUGAAAGACCUUCAGAUGACUCCUCUGGGUCCAAUGAUGAAAGUGAAUAUGUAACAGAAUCGCGAUUAAGGUGUAAAAAAAAUAUGAAAUCUUUUGAAACAGUUUUAGAUUCCAGUACGGACUUUAAUCCAGUUGCUGAAAGAGAGGAUCCAGCUAGUGAUAUGCUUGAUGUUGCUGAUUUACCUUUGGAUAAUCAAGAUGACAGUCACAAUGAAGAUCUUCUUAAAAGUGUUAAAAGCAGUGAGGAGACUGAAGAUGAAAUAGGUGAUAUUACAAACGAUUCGUCUAUUGAAGUAACAACUAUUAAAGUUACAACUGCAGAUGCUGCUUCAAAUAGUACUGAUGGAAAUAUUGAAGAAAACAUUGGACGAUCUACAGAAAUCGGGUCAUCCACCGAGCCACCAAUGAUUGAUCCUAAACAAAUAUUGAAAAACAUCAAAUUACAAAAUGAAAGACUUGCUAAAAAAGAUGAAAGACUUGAAAAUUUAGAAAAAAAUAGUGAAAUCCUACUAAAGAAAACACAUAACCUUACUAAAUUCAGCGAACAAAUAAACAGCACGUUGAGUCAACUUGUUAAUCGACCUUCAUCAAGUAUUAGUAAUGUUGACGCGGUAACUGACUCUGAUAUAAAUAAUGACGGUACAGAUUUACAAACAGAUCUACACAUUAAUGAAAUAUGUUCAGAAAAUCAGAAUACUCACAUUGAAACAAAAUUGGUAGAUGUUAAUAUUCCUAAUCAAGACAAUAAAGUAACUGAAUACACAAUAUCAAAUAAUUUCACUAAUGGUACUUCGGAUUCCACAUCAAAUUCAUCAUGUUCCUUAUACGAAAUACCAGAAACAUCUGAAGCAGAUUUGAAAUCAUUUAUGGAAGUUAAUGAGGAACAAGAUAAAAGUCUCGGAGAUAAAGAUGAAAAAGUUCAAAAUCCAAUAUCUGGUUGCGUCGAGAUUCUAGACACUGAUACUAAUAAAGAAAAUCUUGAUGUAUUAAAUAGCUCUGGAUCCAUUGUGACAGUUCAGCCUACACAGGAAGAUAACGAUUCAGAACCAAAAGAACAUAUCCCAAUAGCAACUAACGAUAAUAAUCAGCCGUCAACAUCCAGUGAGAUCGAUCACGAAGCAAGAUUUGCCGCACGUGACAUACGUUUAAAAAGAUUGGAAGAACAAACAAAAUCUCUUGUCAAUAAGGUAAACAAAACAACUACAAAAGGUGUAAAAAUACAUUACAAAUUAGAGGAACUACAUAAUAUAUAUGGUUCUGAAAAUUCGCGCGCUGGCACGCCUUCUGAAGAGAAUGAUGACAAAACUCCGAUGGAUGGAAACGACUCUGAUGAUUAAAUUAAUAUGACUCGUGUUAUAAAUUCUUAUUUCAUAUACAUAUUUUAUAAGCAUAAUUAAUGUAUGUUUAAUUGAUUCGCAUGUAAUAAUUUAGAAAUAAUAAAAACUACAUUUUCGUCUCACAAUAAAUGUAUUAGAAAUUCAGCUAUGAAUAAAAAAACAUAAUUAAGAAUUAAUUAUAAUAAAAUUAUAAUCAGGUACAUCAAUAUUGCCAAAAUUCAAAGAAAAAUUACGGCUUUAAUUUAAUACCUAUCACUUAAUUUAAUAUUCACUAGAUAGCAAUACAUAAAUUACUACAUUUGGAAAAGAAAUUUGAAUUACACGUUUCAAUGCUGAUUAUAAUUAAGUACAAUGAUUUUCUUAACUUGCAGUAUCCUAUCUAUCUAAAAGAAUAAUAAUCAAAUAAUUCAAUUACUUAAAAGUAAAUUUUAUACUAAUCCAGAACUAUGUUUUUUUCUAAUGAUGGAAUGGUGCUCACGGCUGCGCUAAUAGUGUACGCUGCUAGAGCACCAGUGGAGGAUGAUAAGAUGAGAAUGAAAUCAAGUCAAUUAGCCAGGAAUGGUUUCCGAGUAGGAUUAGCUCCAUAAGUCGAGCUAACAUGUUAACUAGCAAGUAAUCCCCUCCGGAAAGUAUGUUAAUAAAAAUAAAGUAGACAUAGACACGGUAAUUAGUAUUACAAUUUAUAGAUAGAUAUGUAAAGAUCGGUGGAUUUGUAAAUAUUCCUAAUUCUUAAAAUCAAUUGACGUUUUGUUUAAAUGGUAAAUAAUAUAUCUCUAGAGAUACAUAAAUAAUUCGUUAACAUCAAUAGGUACAAAUUUUAUAUGCAUGUGCAAUUUACAAUUGAGUGUAAUUACGUUUUAUGUUAAAAUAUUUUUAUCGUAAUAAUUAGAUACCGUGAAAUACAAAUGUUUAUUAAGUAUGUUCCAGGCUUAUAGACUAAAUAUUUAUCUAUGAACACUUCGUAAAAUUAAACAGGUAGUUAGCGUCUAAUAUAAGCGCCCAUCAGCUUUGACUAAGAAAUUUUUAUAAUUUUCAGACAUGUCACUGGUAGAAAAUUUUAGAGAAUAA